GCGCUGCAGCCCGUAGCUGCGGCGCGAUGGGGUUACGCGCCGGAGGGGCGUUGGGCCGGCCGGGGGUGGCGGCAGGGGCGAGGCAAGGGGCGACUGAGGGACCCGGGCCCAGCGGAGGCGCGCAGGGCGGCAGCAUUCACUCGGGCUGCAUCGCCACGGUGCACUACGUGCCUCUGAGCGUGCUCAUUCGGCCCUUGCCGUCCGUGCUUGACCCCGCCAAGGUUCAGAGCCUGGUGGACACCAUUCGGAGGAGGAAGCUGGAGCCCAAGAGAGUACAAGACAUUUGUUCAAGUUUAGACAGUUACCAAACGGACCCUGACAGUGUGCCUCCCAUUGACGUCCUCUGGAUCAAAGGGGCUCAGGGUGGUGACUACUUUUACUCCUUUGGGGGAUGCCACCGCUAUGCCGCCUACCAGCAGCUUCAGCGAGAGACCAUCCCUGCCAAGCUUGUCCAGUCCACCCUCUCAGACCUCAGGGUGUACCUGGGUGCUUCCACACCAGACUUGCAAUAGCAGCCUCCUUGGCAUCUGUCACCACUCCCAAAAGCUCAAAAUAAUGACCUCCAAAAGACUGGAUGAUGCAGAAAACGUAGCAGGGGAACCUUCUCCUUUUUCUAGGGCUUAUGGGGGAGCAUUCCUCAGACUCACUACUGAACAUUAUGGGAGUCUUAGUUUCCACCUCUGUGAAAACAGGGUCAUGGCCUUGCUCUUGAGUACUGAGAAGAUGAAAUGAGAAAGGACAUAGGUUUAGAGUCACAAGCUGUUUGCUCCAGAUUCCCAAGAACAAGGAUUCUUUUGCAUUUUUGCCUUUACAUAUUCUAUUAUGUAGAAUAUAUUCAGCUGCAAGUAAAGAAAAGGCCUAGGUUACAGGGGCUUAAAGUCUGUUUUUCCACAUCACAUGAAUUCUGGAGACAGAUGGCUAAUUGUAUUGACUCAACAACUUAGCAAAGUAGAGCUCACACCUCUAAUCCUUUAGACCUUUCUUUCAUUGCUUGCUGUUGCAAAGUGACAAGUGAGUUCUGGAACUCUUAUUAGACUUAUGUCUGUGUUCAAAGAAGAAAGUAAUGGGGGAGGGAAAAGGCCAAGCCAGCAGUAUCUGUAAACUUAUUAUAAAUUCAAACCUUUAGAAGGGGAACUCUUUCCUGUCCACCCUCCCACUCCCCACCCCUAUUUAUUUCCUUGGCACAAUCAACUACCAUUGUCAUCCCUCCUGAACAGUUAAACAGACCUUGUCUGGGGCCACUCAUGGAGCUACAUACAAUAACUUCCACCUCAGAACAUGCAGGGAUAUCUAGAAAUAGCCUUACUUAUUUAUCCAGCAGUUGCCUGGGUGAUUUGGAAUGGUGGCAGGUCACCUUUCUAGCAGUUUCAGCUUACAUGCUGACCUUAGGUGCCAAGAGUAAGAGUAGAGCUUUUCUAGUUCUGCACCCAGGAUUGACAUAUCACUUCUGACAAGGUCUUUUAGCCAGAGCAAAUUAGAAGGUUGGCCCAGAUUCAAGGAUGAAAAAACAAAUAAUAUCCACUGAAGAAACUACAAGAAAAUGUGGCAGUUUUCAUCUAUCAGAAAUGAUUUGGAAUAAGCAGAUAACACAUUCUCUUUCACUCACACACACAUGAACUUGCUAUACCCAGAUUGAAGUCACUGCAAUAUUGUCCCAACCCUAUAAAGUAGAAAAGGUGACAGAAGGGGAUGAUCUCUCCUAAGGCUGGGUUGGCUGUAAUGAGGACAUCUCUGUCUGUGUGGAUGGGGCAUGAAAGUCCAGUAGGGACAUUCCAGUACAGUUUCUGCUAACCAAGAAUCCAGAAGAAAGAGAAGAGAUAGAGGAAGAGUCUGCAGAAUGAAGCAGACCUUGUUCUCCUGCCCUCCUAAGGGAACACAAUCACUUGACAUUUUCAAGUCUCAGUCUCCCCAGCUCAUGAAUGAAAACAGCUUUCCCACCUGUUCUUUAUCCCAGAGAAAAAUAAAUGAGUAACCAGUGACAUUUCAAA